AUGACGUCAGCUCCGCGACGGGAGAAACUGCUGGCAGCUGAGCGGGGAGGCCGCCCGUCCUGCGCCGAGACCCGGCUGUGCACCAUGACCAAGCUGGCGCAGUGGCUGUGCGGACUGGCCCUGCUGGGCACUGCCUGGGCCACCCUGGCCUUAGAGCCCCUGGGCCUCCACCUCCCUCUGCCCUGCCGGCAGGUGCUCUGGCCUUUCCCCGUGUACCUGCUGGUGGCUUUUGGCUGCUACUCCCUGGCGACCAUUGGCUACCGUCUGGCUACGUUCAAUGACUGUGAGGCUGCGGCGAAGGAACUUCAGGAGCAGAUCAGAGAGGCCCGAGCGGACCUGAGCCGGCGAGGGCUGAAGUUCUGACCCGCGGGGUGGGGAGGCUGCACCCCAGGGAGCUGGGCCGCUCCCCUCGCUUGGCUUAGCACAAUAAAGAAUCAGUGUGUG